AUGAAUUCUAGUUCAACCAGUACACGCACUAGUAAACGAAAACGCACGGUUGCUCCAAAACAAACAGCACUGCCACCGCCAAAAGCGAAAAAACCGCGUGUACAAACACAAACAGAGAAACGUUUGAAGCGUUAUCGACCAUCAGCCACUUCAGCUGUACGUGUUCGAAUCGAACGUGCAUUAUCACAGCGGUUAUAUUUAAUUGCCCAAACGCAUACGUCAGAUGAUGAAAUAAGUCGUGAAUAUAAAGUAUUGGGGCAAACGGGCAAUGUCUAUGACGUUGUGAUUUCUCGUAUGCCAACGUGCAACUGUCCCGAUGCAUUGCGAAAUUCAUUAUGCAAACAUAUACUGUUUGUAAUGCAUCGUGUUUUGAAAGUUCAUCGAAAGUCACCGUUGUUGUAUCAACAGGCAUUAUUAACAAGUGAAUUACAUGAUAUAUUUGCUAAAGCUGAUUCAUUACAUUCAGCAAUUGAUUCAAAUGUCUUAGCUGAACAAACAGUACGAGAAAUGUAUCAGCGAACAACGGGUAAAGAAGGACUUGUUUUAGAUCAAGCAUCGACAACAGCAACAAUACCAACAAGCGAUAAUCGAAAACCACUUGAUAGUCAAGAUUGUCCAAUUUGUUUUGAACAAAUGUCUGAGGAUGAACAGUUAACAUAUUGCACAGCCUACUGUGGAAAUAAUAUUCAUCAAGUUUGCAUUGAUAAAUGGAAAGAAGCUAAACAAAGAGUAAAAGAAGAUGUCACUUGUCCACUUUGUAGAGCAAUAUGGAAAGAUAAAUACUUGACGAGCACUACAGCACAAACAUUUUCAUCUAAAGGACAAUCUGGUCAUGGUAAUUAUUUGAAUUUAGCUGAAUUUUCUACAGCACAUCAAGAUUUAACUGACGCGUAUACAGAUAACACGUACCAUCAAGAAUCACGAUGGGGAUCUUAUUGGUAA